AUGGUCGAAGAAGUUGAAGAAAAAUUUCGUAAGCCAAAAGAAGAAAUUCAAAGAAAAUUACGUGAAGUGGAGGAAGAAGAAAGGAGAAGGCGCCUAGGAUGGGAUGGGAUGGGAAAAGGAAAAACAAGCUCAGGACAGGAAAUAAUGACUGAAUUUAAGCAGUUACGCAAAGCAUC